ACAUUCAACGCACUUAAUUCGCACGAUAUCUACACGGAUGAAAUGGCCCCAGAAAUGGUGACGGUGAAGGGCAAUCCAAAUGCCACAAAUUGGAGUCCAGAGAACGGCUACCAUGAUUUUGAUGGAAAUGGCCUCGAUACAUAUCCAUAUCGAGUGCUUAGUGCUGGUGCAAGAGUCGGAUUCUUCGCGGUACUUCGUCUACUGGAUAAAGAUUUAGAUUACGCAUGUCGUGGACCGAUUCAAGGGUUCAAAAUUCUCUUGCAUACGCCGGGAGAGGUGCCGCAAGUGUCAAAACAUUAUUUCCGUGUGCCAUUGAAUCAGGAAGUUCUAGUAACCAUUCAACCGCAAAUGAUUACCACGACGGAGGAUUUACGCGAUUACGAUCCCAAUAUCCGCGGAUGCUUCUUCAAUUCGGAGCGUAAAUUGCGGUUCUUCAAAAUAUAUACACAGCGCAAUUGUGAACAAGAAUGCAUAGCCAAUUUUACUAAAACUCAAUGCGGUUGCGUUAAAUUUUCCAUGCCGAGGGGAAAAGACACGCUAAUUUGUGGUGCAUCAAAAGUCGCAUGCUACGAAGAUGCCAGAGAUGAAUUGAUGGGAAAUGGUUUGAUUGGGGGUCUUAAAAAUGCACAAACUACUAACAAUAUUUGCAAUUGCUUGCCCGCUUGCACAUCGAUCAUCUACGAUGCACGAAUUUGCCAGGCCAAAUUCGAAACGGAACAUUUGCUAACGUCUUCUGCCAAUGGAACUGGUAAUCCAUUCAACGGCUCACAAGUGAGUUGAUUAUCGAUCUUCUAUGGUGAGCAUCAAUUUAUACCGUUGAAACGAUCGGAACUCUAUGGCCUCGUAGACUUUCUCGCCAACACUGGUGGUUUGAUAGGUAUUUUCAUUGGGAUUGAUGCUAUGGGUGCUGUUGAGCUUAUCUACUACUUUACACUUCGAUUGUGUUGCACGCUUCGAAUGUACAGACCGGAAAAACAGAAGAAAUAAUUCGAUUAUAUCCGAUGAAUAUAUGCUCAAUAUAUUGGCGAUGAUAUCAACGAAAUGAAUACUUGUUUAUGUUUAUCUUUAGUACAUAGCCCCAAAUGAAAAGUUAUUUCAACUCAAAAGUAUCUUCUUCUUUUAAAAUAAACAGGACUUUGUUUUUUGUUGCCGGAUUGUUUUCAAGCGCAAAAAUAGUGUGUCUGUGGAGAAUUGAAGGCGAUUGAAGGUGCUAUAGCCGUUGACA